GAUGAAGGAAAGCGGCUGGAGCUACGACUGCAAUGAGACAGGUCACGAGGGUCACCACGAGUCGUCCUACACGGCUCAGAUGGCACCGGGCAAUGAUGGCAUUAUUGUCUUCACUAAGACUAGACGCACACACCCAAUACCUUACGGCAAAUCCAAACACCAAAAGGAAAUCCACUAUCAUCCUGCCAUGAAGCUCCCAUUAAUGGUCAAGAUACUGGAUCACUUUGAUGCUCCAAGAGAAUCGGCACCAGGAUUUCGUCAUCAAAAUCAAGAGGAUGAGCAAACAGAAGAAGAAUUUGAGUUUCCUGAGAUGCAGACCUCCUCUGAAGGGCAGCUGACCUUUGAACGAGAGAUAUACUAUUCAUCACCCAGUGGGCCACCUGAUGAUGAGGAUAUAGUCACAGACUCAAUACACUUGAAGAAGCCCCUACGUAGUCAUGUGAACACCGAUAUGGCGUCAUUGAAGGAACAGAUUUCUGGCAACCUGACAUGCAUGAGGAAAGCUGCGCUGAAAGAAUCCAAGCAACAAAGCCAAUGUUUCCAGGAUCUAGUUCAGACCUUGCACUCCGUGCCUGAUGGCCAGAAACUGGCAGAGAUAGUGGCUCCAAUGUACAAGCCACCCAUGUCAAGACGGGUUCGUGACAAGCAGGACAGGCUGAACAUGUUGGAUGCGGUUGCCGCGAUGCACACUGAUACUUCUCAGUCACUCCUCACCGAUGCCAUCCUCUUGUCUCCGAAACCAAACAAGGAGCUGGUAGAGAGACUACUCAUUGCCAGUGCUGGCUUCAUACAUGCUAUUUCAGAGCAUUACCUGGAGAAUGUGGAGAAUAUCGUCUUCAAGUCACACACAUUCCCUAAACCUCUAAGGGACCCCGAGAUACAGAGAGUUGCUGUGCUGGUACUCGGUGCCCUCGCUGGUCACCGAUGGAAGGCCGGAUACAGAGCUCAAGCAGAGUCCAUUGUCAUCAAGAUUGAGAAUAAACUCGGCGUACAUGACCCCUGGGUGUAUGAGAAGACCUUGACAUCUCUGACCGAGGAUGAGCGAGAUGAUUUUCACCAUGACAUAGUGGCUUUGAUUGAAUCCCUGGGCAAUGCUGGGCUCCAUCGUUCCUUCCCUCACAUCCAGAGCUAUACCAACCACAGCGCCACUCAUCCACUGCUGAAAAGGGCUGGCUUGCACUCCAUGAGAGACUACCAUCAUGACAUGGCAGCUGGGAUUCUUCUCAAGUCAGCCCUGGAUGAAGAUGAGGACGAGCAUGUCAGAUACGAGGCUUCACUCUUCUACAAGAAUCAUCCAAUGGGUGGUCACCAAAAUAUCUCCAAGUUUGUCACCCCAGAGGAAUAUUCUGCAGACAUUUUCUCCCAAGAUGUAGCUUCCGCCGCUAUAAGCGUGCCCUCCAGGCGUCGCUUGAGACGGGGAUUCUGGGACGGAUUCUCCUUUACGUUGCCCAGUCCGUCCAUUUACUGGAAGAAGCUCCUUGGCAGCCCAAAGACCGGAGCAGAGUUUGGAGUGACCAUCAGGAAUGAACUUAAAAUGGAAAUUGCUCCCCUGAGUGGUCAUGUCGGCGUGGAUAUUUUAGACGAGGCCUAUGCAACAGUCUUGGUUGGACUUGUCGAUUUUUCAAUGGAUAUUGUCCGGGCUCGUUUCUGCUUCAAUGGUUACGCUGAUUAUAACCUCAACAUACUACAGGAAUUUGGUGUGGAGCGCAUCACUGACUUUGCAAAAGUUUACGAUCUCAUCAUUGGGCAAGUAGUUGGAAACAUCAGGAGGGCAGUGGACGUUGUUGUUAAACUCUUCAACGGCGAGAUAAGCAUUGCUCAGCUAUUUGACGACUUUGUUCAAUCACUAGAGAAUAUCCCUACCUCCGUAACCAAUUUGAGAUCAGUGGCCAUGCAGGCUGUGUCCAGAUUGUCUCAGUUUGACCCAGAUCAGAUGCCAGCUUCCUUCAGAGGUGUGAUCAGUGUCGUCAACAAGGCUACUCAGCUCUUCAGUGAUAUCAAAACAGACGUCAUGGAAUUCUACCAGGCCGUCAGUGAAGCAAUCACUGUCACUUUGCCAGGGGCUGUCGAGCAGAUCUGGAAGUCUAUCGUUUCAGUUUCAGAUUCUAUUGGAGGCCUACUAAAGUCACCCCUGGAAACGAUCGGAGCCAUCUUCAAAGGUGUCCUCAACAUUAAGACUGCUGUUACUGAAAUCCUGAAUGCCAAGAAGGAGAUAGAAGAAGCCAACUUUUUCAAGGAAGGUCAGAGGCCCUACUGGUUUGAUCUACCCAAGGUCCUCGGUGGUAUUCUCAGAGAGUUACUGGAACACCUCCGCAACAUCAGAAGAGAUCUUAGCGUUUGGGUGUCCGAGAUUGACAGCUCAUCAGAUCCCGUCACGAAGUUGACAGGGGGUGCUUUUGACUCGAUUCCCUUUUCUUACUGA